AGCAUGGGCUGACGUACACAUACACUCCACAGUGAGACAGCCUCUCCCAAGGUGUGUCCCACCACAGCGGGUCCUGGUGCUCACCGUGGCACGGCUCAGAGCCACCCUGCUCACCUGCACACAGCUCCUCCAGAAGGUGGCUGGGUGUGCUGGGCACCCAGAGUGGGUAAAGGAUGGGGGUCCUGUCCAUCAGAUGCCUGGACUGGUCAUGCCAGUCCCCUCCCCAUCCCCUAAGUUUGUUUUCCAUGCCACAGCUUGCUGAAAUCUGAAGCACAGCCACAUCUCUGCUCUGCCCAGGAAGACCCGGGGCAAUGUUGGUAUCAUUAAGCGCUUACAGAACUUAGUGCGCCUCUUGCAAAGGGCAGGGCGAGCCAGGAGGUGUGGCAAGGAGGUGAGAGAAACCUGUAGAUCAUGUUUGGAAGAAGCGCAUCUUGUGACAGCUUGGCCACCCACAGGAAGUACAGGGACAGUCACCCUCAAAAGGAGCAGCACUGGGCAGUCUCCCUUGAGGGACGUGCCUGGCUCUGCAGCUCCCGGCCACAGCUUCUCCAGCAUCCCUGCCCCCAGCACGCCGUGGGACAUGGCUGCUCGCAGAGUAGCCAUCAUCGGCGCCGGUGCCUCCGGCCUCUGCGCCCUGAAAUGCUGCCUGGAUGAGGGGCUGCAGCCCACCUGCUUUGAGAGGAGCAAGGACAUCGGGGGGCUCUGGCGCUUCGAGGAGCACCCCGAGGACGGCCGUGCCAGCAUCUACCGCUCCGUCAUCAUCAACACCUCCAAGGAAAUGAUGUGCUUCAGCGACUUCCCCAUCCCUGAGGACUUCCCCAACUACAUGCACAACUCCAAGAUCAUGGAGUACUUCCGCAUGUACGCCCAGCACUUCGACCUGCUCCGCCACAUCCGCUUCAGGACCAGCGUGUGCCGCGUGUCCAAGCGCCCCGACUUCGCCAGCAGCGGGCAGUGGGAGGUGGUGACGGAGAGCGAGGGGCAGCAGGAGGCGGCCGUCUUCGACGCCGUGCUGGUGUGCAGUGGGCACCACACCGAUGCUCAUCUCCCGCUCAGUUCCUUCCCAGGGCUGGAAAAGUUUGAGGGCUGGUACCUGCACAGCCGCGACUACAAGAACCCUCAGCCCUUUUUGGGAAAACGGGUGGUCGUGGUUGGCAUUGGGAAUUCAGGCAUCGAUAUCGCAGUGGAGCUGAGCCACACAGCCAAGCAGGUUUUCCUCAGCACCAGGCGUGGGUCCUGGGUGAUGCACCGGGUGGCAGACAGCGGGUACCCCUUUGAUAUCAGCUACAUCAGUCGCUUCGUGCAGCUCCUCCAGAACCUGCUGCCUCCAAGUAUCACCAGUUCCUUCCUGGAGCGGAAGCUGAAUGCCCGCUUUGACCACGCACUCUAUGGCCUAAAGCCCAAGCACAGGGUCUUUCACCAGCACCCAACCGUCAACGACGACCUGCCCAACCGCAUCAUUUCGGGCAGGGUGCAGGUGAAGCCGAACAUCCAGGAGUUCACAGAGACAUCUGCCAUCUUUGAGGAUGGCACCAGGGAAGACGUCGAUGCCGUAGUUUUUGCCACGGGAUACAGCUUCUCCUUCCCGUUCCUCGAGGGCUGCGUGAAGGUGGUGGAGAACCAGAUUCCUCUCUACAAACACAUGUUCCCCCCUGACCUGGAAAAGCCAACGCUGGCUUUCAUUGGCCUCAUCCAGCCCCUAGGAGCCAUCAUGCCCAUCUCAGAGCUCCAGUGUCGCUGGGCCACCCGUGUCUUCAAAGGGCUGCAAGGUCUGCCGUCAUCCACUGACAUGCUGGCCGAAAUCACACAAACCAAGCAGAGAAUGGCUGAGAGGUACGUGAAGAGCCAGCGGCACACCAUCCAGGUGGAUUACAUCCCUUACAUGGACGAGCUCGCCUGCCAGCUGGGGGUCAAGCCCAACCUGCUCUCCCUGUUCCUCACGGACCCCAGGCUGGCCAUGGAGGUGGCCUUCGGUCCCUGCACGCCGUACCAGUACCGGCUGCGGGGCCCGGGCGCGUGGGCAGGAGCCAGGGCCGCCAUCCUCAGCCAGCGGCAGCGUGUGGUCCGGGCCCUGCAGCCGCGGGCCAGCCGCCACCCUGCCCGCCCCAGCGCUGCGCCACACGUCCUCACGGUGCUCUUCAGCAUCGCCAUGAUUGUGGCCACCCUCGUCUAUGUCUCGCUGUGUCCUUAGCCUAAAGGGAAGGAGACAGCAGGUCCUGCCGGCAGUCUUCUCCGUUCCCCUUGGGCUUCUGUCUGUUGUGUCUCGCUAGCUAUGCCGGAGCACGGAGGGAGCCGUUCCUUGAAGGUGCAGCCGAAGCGAUAUGCGGAAUAAAUAAAUAGACUCCACAGCCUGGGGUAGUUAUGAAGUGGGUAUGUAUUGCCAGCGCUCAGCACAAGUGAGAUCGCUCUCCAAGACUUGUCCACUGAGCUUUGGUCUGACCCAAGCCUUUAUUCACAAAGGUGUUCCAUAUGCAGUACAUUACAAAACUUUUUUAUGCAUAUUCAACCCCUGGCUUCGCCUGUCCUCGCCUCUCAUGCUAUAUAGGUCCACGCCCUUCUGUGCAUGUGAGGUUUGCUGUGGUGGUCCUGCAGGGGUCUCUGGUGGUCUCUGAGGCUGAAGAUCGUAGUGUUCCUCAAGGUUGAACUUUUGAACUCUUAUCUGCGCAUGUGCUUUCGGUCUUUUGGUGCUUAUCUUAGUACCAUCUGUCAGUCUUUCUAAGUUUGGAGGCAGAGGAGCCUCUUUAUCUGGGUUCUUUGUAUUUUCAUGCCCCUUUUUGUUAUUGUUCCUUACGCAAUAAGCUUCAGUAAUUUGCAUUUUCUUAUGCCCUUUUGUAUCUUGGCAGAGGUUUCUUAAGUAAAAGGUAAAACUUCAACACAUAACUCUA